GGGAAAUUCUUUCACAGGACGCAGCGGAAAGAAUUGCCGCAUUUUUGGCCUCUGUUGCCUGUUGGCGUUGGACUCGUCUUCUGAAAAGAACUCUAAAAACAUUUCAAGUUUUAGCAACACAGCUUACCUUCCCCCUGUCUCUUCAUAUUUCGAUCAACGUUACAGAGAGGGAAGGGGAGAGAGAGAGAGAGCGCGGGCGAGGAAGAAGAAGAAGAGAGGGUUUACGAAGCGAAACCCAAAUGUCUCUGGGUUAUGCAGAGAAGCUUUCGUACAUAGAAGAUGUGGGCAACGUUGGAAUGUCAGAGAUUUUCGACCCACCUCACAUUUUGGGAGAAAAAAUCACAAAACUUGCAAUGAUGAUACGGAAGAGCAAGCAUCUAGUGGUGUUUACUGGAGCUGGAAUAUCAACUUCUUGUGGUAUACCUGACUUUCGUGGUCCCAAGGGUAUUUGGACGCUUCAGCGGGAAGGCAGAGCCUUGCCUGAAGCAUCAUUGCCAUUUCAUCGUGCAGUGCCAAGCAUGACUCACAUGGCUCUAGUUGAACUAGAGAAGGCUGGUAUCUUAAAGUUUGUUAUUAGCCAGAAUAUUGAUGGCCUCCAUCUUCGAUCUGGAAUACCAAGGGAGAAACUUUCUGAGCUGCAUGGGAACUCUUUCAUGGAAAUAUGCCCUUCCUGUGGAGUUGAGUACCUUCGGGAUUUCGAGGUGGAAACUAUUGGACUGAAGGAGACAUCAAGGCCUUGUUCUAGUGGUGUUUGCGUUGCAAGGCUUAAGGACACAGUUCUUGACUGGGAGGAUGCAUUGCCAUCAAAGGAGAUGAAUCCAGCUGAGAAGCACUGCAAAAUUGCUGAUAUUGUAUUAUGCCUAGGGACAAGUUUGCAGAUUACUCCUGCAUGCAAUUUGCCUCUAAAAUCUCUUCGUGGUGGAGGAAAGAUUGUAAUUGUGAAUCUUCAGAAAACUCCGAAGGACAAGAAAGCAAGUUUGGUGAUCCAUGGGCUUGUGGACAAGGUUAUUGCAGGAGUCAUGGACAUGCUCAAUUUGAAGAUUCCUCCAUUUGUUAGAAUUGAUCUUUUCCAGACCUUUUUUACUCAAGCCUUGAGCUUAGAUAAAAGAUAUUGGAACUGGAGCCUCAAGGUAGCAAGCGUGCAUGGAACAAAAGCUACAUUGCCAUUCGUGAAUUCAGUUGAGGUUUCCUUUUCUGGAGGGCAAAACAUGAAAGCAGCUUUGCUUCAGAAACAACCAUUUCAGCUUAAAAGGAGGACAGUGAGGACAGCAAAGCCAUUUGAAAUCCUUCUGAAGCUGAACUUCAGCGAAGGUUGCAGUUGUGCGCGUACACAAAUCAAAUUCUCAGUUGAUUUUCAGGCUUCAGUGGGCUGUUGUAAGUAUGACAAGGAUGCCGUCUUCCAGAAGCUGAGAGAUAUGGCCAUCCAAGAUCAAACAAGCGGGAAGAAUGGAAUUAUUGAAAGAAAAGCUAUUGCAACUCCCAAAGGCGAGAGCACCGUAUAUGCGGUGGUAACCAAUGUCAUUGUGUACGACAAAACUUCAAAUGUUUUAGAAACUUAUUCUCGGAGCAAGGGCGGUCCCAAAAGGCGCAGUGAGGAUGUAAAUCCAAUUGAAACAUCUCAGAAGCGUCGAAAAGCCCCCAGGAGACGAUGA